CAUUGUACCUGACAACCUUACCUACAUUUGCUUGUCACAAACUGUGACGAUGAGCUACCUUGAUUUUGUCAAAUCGCUAUGGUAAUAUUUUCUUUUAUGCUCCUUGCAGAUUCAGACGUCACUGUAUCGGUUCGGUUUGUGUAGGGUUUUUCAGAGUCAGUCUGCAUUCAGCCCACCUCAAACCCGGUCAACUGUGAUCGCCAAAAUCGAGGAUCAUUGUUCCUGUGUCCAAUUUAAUACAUUGUUACAAGUAGUUUAAAACUGUUACACCACAAAAUGAAGUCAUACAGCGAGUUUGCCUCCAGUAGAUCAUGGGAAUCAGGAAUGUAUGUUAUGAGAGAAGGAAUAUUCGGCCUUGAACUUUGAAGACCUUUAACUAUUUUGCUCUUCUUCAUACUGACACGAUGACAUCGGAUAAUACAACAUCAUACAGUUAUCUGACAUUGGCGGAUCACGGGGCCACGUCCAUGACAGAACUCUACAUAGAGGGAGUCAUUCUGCUGAUAAUAUGUCUAGUGGCUCUCGUUGGAAAUAUUUCAGUUUAUCUCAUUGUUCUAAGAUCCAAGAAACUAAGAACGAUUACAAAUUUCUUCAUACUUGGAUUAGCAGCAGCGGACAUUUUAGUUUCAAUUGGAAACAUGCCCGUCACCGUGGCAACCUUGUUUGAAGGGAACUGGCCCCUGGACCAUACUUCCUGUCUUGUGUUUGGAUUUAUUAACAUGCUGACACUAUGCUCCAGUGUACUUUCAUUGUGUAAUAUCAGCAUUAACCGCUAUGUUAUGAUUUGCCGUCCAUUCCAUUCCAAAGUUAUAUAUACCAAAAGGAACGCUAUUCUAAUGAUCAUAGGAGUUUACACGUUAGCUUUCGUGAUAUCAUUACCUCCCCUGUUUGGUUGGGCAGCGUAUGCAUACAUUCCUGUACAAUCGUUCUGCUUCUGCGACUGGACACUGGCGCCAUCGUACGCCAUCUUUAUGAUCAGCUGUUGUUUUGGAGGACCAUUUACUGUUAUGACAGUGUGCAAUAUUCUGAUAUUUUGCAGUGCUAAGAAAUCCAAUAGAAACACCAAAUAUUACACCACAGCAAAAAGCAAGAAAAAAGACGCCCAGGCCAAAGAGCUCCGUCUGGCGAGCAUUCUGCUUGUUGUCGUCAUUGUUUUCGUCAUUUGCUGGUGCCCUUACUGUAUCAGUAUGUUGUUGUCUAUAUACGCCCCUGGAUUCGCUCCUAGAGGAUUUCACAUGUUCACCAUCCUCGUGGGAUACGCCAAUAGCGGUGCCAACCCAAUUAUUUACGGAGUUAUGAAUCGCGCCUUUAGAAACGGAUUCAAACAGUUGUACUGUGGAUGGAUGGGUGUGCAAAUAGAUGAGUCCACGGGAAUAGCAAGUAACUCCGACGAACCUUCCGGAAUUCCCCGAAAUCCAACAAGUGACUCUAAACUCUCGGCGGGAGAAGAAUUGGUGAACAAAAGUUAAGCUUUACUUACAUCAAUAUACGAUAGGAUAUUGACACUACGUGUAACACGGAACUUGCAAUGAGUAUCAAUAUCCAAUUGAUCAUAUUUGUAUCUUCUAGACUUUAUUUAGUUUCUUGAUACAAGAAUGGAAGAAGGAGGGGUAUGUAAAGGAGCUGGGAACAGUCAAUCAUAAUAUUUAAAAUUGUGCAUUUAUUUAUUUCGUAUGCCGUGUUUUCUUCUAAAGUCAUGUGAUAACUACGUGGUUGUAAAAGUAUAUAUUUGUUGUUUUUUUUAAUUAAAUUUAUAACAUGUU